AGAACCCUCUCCUACGCUACGUGUCUCUUCUCUCUCAAGCUGCCAUCCCGCAAAGUCACGGAUCAGGUAAUGCAAUUUGUUGAGCCAAGUCGACAGUUUGUAAAGGACUCAAUUCGGCUGGUUAAAAGAUGCACCAAACCCGAUGGAAAAGAAUUCCAGAAGAUCGCCAUGGCCACAGCAAUAGGAUUUGCUAUUAUGGGAUUCAUUGGCUUCUUUGUGAAACUGAUCCACACCCCCAUCAAUAACAUUAUUGUGGGUGGCUGAGUCUCAUCGUGGGAACUAGUGAACAAAUGAGAGUGUGACAAGCUCAUGAAGUAAAGGGUUGCCUGCAUACUUUGUGU